AUGUCUCCGCCGCAGAAUCAACCCGAAAACCACCAAUCCGAUGCCAAACCUUCCGAUCCUUCUCUCAAUCAACCACCUUCGGAGUCUCCCGAACCGGAACUCGCCGGAGAGGAAGAAGAAGGAGAGUGCGGAUUCUGCCUAUUCAUGAAAGGUGGUGGUUGCAAAGACACCUUCAUCGAUUGGGAAAAUUGCGUGAAAGAAGCCGAAGACAAAAGCGAAGACCUUGUUGAAAAGUGCUCUGAGGUAACGGCAAAGUUGAAGGAGUGUAUGGAUUCUCAUUCCGAUUACUAUGAACCGAUUCUUAGGGCUGAGAAGCACGCGGAAGAGCAGGUUGCUAUUGAAUUAGAGAAAGAAAAACAGAAUUCGGAAGCUAGUAACAAUCAACAGGAAGCCCCUUCUCAAUCUAAUCAAAACGACUGUGAGUUGGUGUUGAAGGCUACGCCAACGCCCCCUAAGGAAGAUGAAAAGGAGCAAUCCAAUUCAGAAGCAGAAAAUCAUUCUCCUGAUCAACCAGCUUCGGAGGCUUCAAAAGCAGAAGACAAAGAGGAAGAGGAGGAGGAAGGUGAGUGUGGAUUCUGCGUAUUCAUGAAAGGAGGCGGUUGCAGAGACACCUUCGUCGAUUGGGAGAAUUGUGUGAAAGAGGCGGAGGAGAACAAAGAGGACAUUGUUGAAAAAUGCUCUCAGGUCACCUCCCUUUUGAAACAGUGUAUGCAUUCCCAUUCUGAUUAUUACGCACCCCUCCUUGUGGCUGAGAAGCAAAUUGAAGAGCAAGCUGUCAUCGAAUUGGAGAAAGAAAAACUAGAUUCGGCAACCAGUAACAAUGAAUAG